AUGGUACACUCCAUGAACUGCCCAUUACAGUAUGACUCUACCAAUGACCUGUUCAAUGGCACCAUCAAGGCUGAGAAAGGGAAACUUGUAAUUAACGGGAAGGCCAUCACUAUCUUCCAGAAGCGAGAUCCUGCCAACACCAAAUGUGGUGAUGCUGAUGCUAAGUAUGUUGUGGAGUCUACUGAUGUCUUCAUCAACACAGAGAGGCCCCCUGCCAAGGUCAUCCAUGACAACUUUGGCAUUGUGGAAGGACAAAUGACCACUGUUCAUACCAUCACUGCUACCCACAAGAUUGUGGAUGGCCCCUUUGGGAAGCUGCAGUGUGAUGGCUGUGGGGCUGCUCAGAAUAUCAUCCCUGCAUCUACUGGAGCUGCCAAGUCUGUGAGCAAGGUCUUACCAGAGCUGAAUGGGCAUCUCACUGGGAUAGCCUUCCAUGUUCUUACCCCCAAUGUGUCUAUCAUGGAUAUGAUAUGUUGUCUGGAGAAAUCGGCUAAGUAUGAUAGCAUCAAGAAGGUGGUGAAUCAGGCAUUCAAGGGCCCACUGAAGGGCAUCCUGAGAUACACUGAGGACCAGGUUGUCUCCUGUGAAUUUAACAGUGAUAGUCACCCUUAUGCUAUUAAUGCUAGGGCUGGCAUUGCCCUUAAUAACAACUUUGUAAAGUUCAUUUCUUGUAUGACAAUGAGUAUAGCUACAGCAACAUGUUGGUAG